AUGCCGGACUCUCCACAUGAAGGAGAAGAGUUACAUUUACCUGGUUUACAAGACCUAAUUUUGGAAAAGUAUGUCGAUUAUGCUGGAUACACGCAUAACACAGUUGACAGAUAUAUCGAAUGCAAUGAUAAUAGUUUAGAAUUGAGCGCAAUUGAGAAUAUGUUUCAGACUCUAUGA